AAACAAUCCACACGGGGCACGGCUGAACGCAAGCGGGCUCCAGCCCAACACCAACUAGCAAUCGAAAGCAACGCUCAGUCGCUCACCUGUCGUCUUUUCGCCGCAUGUGCUCCGGUCUCCGGGAACGCCGACGUCGCUCGGCAACUCCUCAGGUUCUUCCACUUCAACCGGCUUUCCUUCCGUCUAUUACCGCUCCUCUUCACUUGCUUUUUCUCUGCAAUUCUGUUCACAUCCGGUCUCUUCUUCUUCUUCUUCUUCGAGUUCUCGUCAGUACCGAUCACCGAUGACGGUAGGGUUUCUGAAUGCGGAGGAGGAAUUCCAAGCCGCUGGUCGAUGAUAUUGACGACAAUACCAACGAUUGAGUUCAUCCUUUUUAUCCAUCGUCACCGCCCUCCUCCUUUGACAACAAUAGCUAGCAUAGAUAUUAUUCGCCGAGGUUCAUCCCCGCCACUGCAAGGAGAUCAAUUGCCGCUGACACCAGUUAUUGUCAUCAGUCUGUUUUUACCUCCAGGAAGAAACGAGCUUGAGAUUGAGGACGGCGAGGAAGGCAGCCCAAGCGAAGCACGGCUUGACGAGGUCGGCCGCGAUCGGGUUGAUCCCCCUGAAGUGUCGGUAACACCCGGCCAGCGCGCCCAGGACCCCGACGCAGACGACGAGCCCCAACGACGGCGCACCGAGCCCGAACACCACGGGCCCCCACACGAGGCUGAGCCCGAGCUGGGCCCCGUACGUGUAGAGGGCCGCGGGCUGCUUGUGGAACCCGCCCUCGGCCCACACCAGCCACCCCGACAGGCCCAUCAGGAGCGCCGCGGUCAGGCAGGUCGCGUGGACGAGCCAGAGCGGCGGGAACCAGAACGCCGCCACGUGUCGGCCGCCCUCGCCGCUGCCGCGGCCGUAGCCUCCGCCGCGGUCGAGGAAGUAGAUGCUGAGGAAGGUGAGGGAGAGAGGGAGGCCCACCGCCACGGCCAGCGACCGCAGGCCCCUCUUGGCCAUCGCCAUCCUCUUCUCCCUCCUCCCACCUCUCGCCGCUGAUUUGUUCGCCAUUGUCGCGGUGGUGUUGUCGGGUGCAGAAGCGGAGGUUGUGCGCUGCUUGAUUUGAGAAUCCAUCGAAAUUGAUCCGAGGUUUAUUUUUGUUGUAGCUAGGCGAUGAUCAAUUGUAAUGGGAGGCAGGGAAGGAAGGCAGGGGGAGAUUUUAAGUUUCUUGUUCUUUUUUUUCUUCUUUUGUGUUGCGCGGAGGGAAUUUAGGAGGUGGAUUCAGCCAUUGAUCAAAGCGAUUCUUAUUUAGGAGAAGAUGAAGAAAGAGGGAUUAUAAGGAGGAGAAGUGAAGAUAACAUUCCAUUAAAAUAAAAAUUAUAAAAUGAAGAACGCCGGAGUCGAAAGCUAAGAAAAGGGGAUGGUCAUAGAUAAUGGGACGCGUGGGGGCAAGAAGAGAUGGCACAGCAGCAGCAACACCAGGGAAAUCCACGUGUAAGCCCUGCAAGGCGAUCAUCUCAUAUGUAUAAAUGUAUGUAUGUUUGAUUUCGGUU